AUGAACGAAGAACCGCUUAUUUCUUUAGUGCAAAAGUAUAGAGAACUGUAUGAUCUAGGAGACCCUAGAUAUCACGAUGAGCAGCGGCGCAUGAAUAUAUGGCAAGAAAUAGCACAGAUUUUGAAUGAAACACGCGGUCCGCCGCGCCCCGUACAGAUGGACGCAAGAGCAUCACAGAAGCGCGGCCCGUUCCAAUGCGACCCGCCCCGAUCCGUCCCUAAAGGACGCCAGCCUAAAAUCGACCAUCUAAAUGGCAAUUCGGCUAAGUUGCAAGUGACUAAAGCCGCAAGCCCCCAAAGUUGGGUAGCAUCCGACUUUGGCCGCGCGGCAACCGGCCGCAUGCGACUGGUGACUAAAAUCGACCGUGUAAACGAUCAGUUGCAGGCAAUCGCCCGCCGCAUGAAGUUUUUGGAAUGCUAUGAAAUGCAUACAUGCUUAUGGAACCCAAGAGAAAAAGAUUACAGGAACAAUAAUGUACGUUUAGCGGCUCUUAAAUCUAUUAUUCAAGAAAUGCGUUUGUCCAUAACAGUUGAAGAGCUUAAAUUGAAAAUAAAAAAUAUACGAACCACGUAUAAUAGAGAGGCCAGUAAGGUAGCAAAGUCAAAGAAGAGUGGCGCGGGAAAGGAUGAUAUAUACAGACCUCAAUUAAUUUGGUUUUCUGUAGCUGACCGCUUUUUAAAGCCAGCGAUAGAAGGAAGAAACAGUAAAGAUAACAUGGGAAAAGAUUCAGCGGUGAACACAAACAGCGACGCGUUUUCAUAUUUUGAUGAAUUGGAACAAGAAGAUAAUAUUGCCAAAAAUUGUCGCCAAAGAAAAAGGCGGAGCGUGCUCUAA